UGGGUUGUAAGGGUGGCGCGACAGUGGUAACGUUAUUACCAACGCCAUUCCACGCAGUACAUACUACAGCGGUUGUUAUUGUUGUUGAUGUUGCAAAAUAGACCAACCCCCAGCGGUAAUCGGCAGGAUUUGAGAUGGCGCCGUCACGACCGACACCAAUACGCAGAGGGUUGCACUGCUCACGCGGCUCACGAGUACACGCUAGCUAACGAGUUGUUGUGAUGGACGAAUAUAAAACUAAUGAGCGCCCUUAAAGCCUGUUUAGUUGGUAAAGACACGGGCAACGUGAAACAAGCAAUUCAUAUACGAGAGAUCACAUGAAAAGCAUUGACAAUCGCGCGUUGAAAAAUGAUUACCAUAGAAAUCGAAACGUACCGUUACUGGGUACAUCAGUGAAAGAGCUUUGCAUGCCGCGUUAAUGACUUACCCGCCGUAGCAGUGACAAAUGUUCAAAAGACUGUCAGGUAAUAAAGCAAAAACAAGAAAAUGUCUUCGUGCUAUAGCGGUUUCGAUGAUCGUUCAUUCGAAUUUGAAGAUUCAUCUUACGACAGUGGUUACGAGAAAAGCUUUGAAACCGAUUGUAAUGUAACGCCGCGCAAACUAAUAUUCGAUAAUGGCGCUGAUUUCUAUGCUGCCUCCGAGUCAUCAGUGCCGGCUGGCGGCUACAAUAGCAACGGCAUUGGCCCCCUCAUGGAGCGUGCCCCAUUUCCAGGCCUACUCGACGGGAACAGUAAUCAUAGCACCCGCAGUGUGCGCACGCUGGUCGAACAUGUGAUCAGCAAAGCACCGCCGACGGAAACAGAAUUCACACCCAAAUUAACAUCAACGCCGACAAAGAAUUCUGCCAGCGCCGUCGAUGGCAAUAACAGUGAUCAACCAACUGAACCACGCCCCAAGCGCAAAUAUGCCGUCGGCAAAAAUCGUGUAACGCGCUCACGCAGUCCCCUGCAAGUUGUACGCAUCAAAAAGUUUCGACGUAUGAAGGCAAACGAUCGUGAACGCAAUCGCAUGCAUACGUUGAAUGAUGCUUUGGAGAGGCUGCGCGUCACGUUACCCUCACUACCGGAGGAGACCAAGCUGACAAAAAUCGAGAUACUGCGUUUCGCGCAUAAUUACAUCUUCGCACUAGAGCAAGUACUGGAAAGUGGUGGCACAAUCAAUCUGGAUUUGGAAAAGUUACAGAAUUUCACUUUAAGCGGAGAACGCAUCACCAAAGAGUUAUUCGAUGCGAUUUUCAUCAAUCCACAACCCUACACGAGCAUAUUCGGCAUGAGUUGCGGCCUCGCUGGACGUGUGCCAUAUCCACAUCAGGCGGCACCAAUGAACGCACAACACGUCUACAUAGAACAACAGCAGUUACUGCAACGGGGUAGACCACCGCAAGGUUAUGCCUACGAUAGUGACAUGCGUCCCUAUAGUAUACAACACGAAGCGCGCAAUGCGUUAUGUGAGCCAACGGCAACGCAUCCAAAUUUUUCACAGGAAAAAUACGAGUUAUAUAAAAGUACUUUCGAAGCAGCAGCUAAUAUACGACCCACAUCUGCCACGUACAUGGACCUGUCGUCUGGGACUGAUAUCACAUCAGCUCGCUAUACAACGCAGCCUACAUACACUCAACUGCCAACUGCGGACACAAACUAUUAUCUGGCGAAAGAUCAGUCAACAGCGUUCACAUCAACACCACCCAUGGCGUCACAAGGUGCGCGUAUGGAUCGUAGCGGUUCCGCAAGGGAGCAAGCGCAGUCAUCAAUGUUGCAUCAGGCCAGCAGUUUCUACACCCAAACACCGCCUUGGAAGGAUUAUAGUGAGCAAAUGACGAACACCAAUAAUAGUAGUUUCGAACAGUAUUCAAACGUAUAGCAGCGGGUGUUACUAUGGAUUGUAGAGUAUAGUAAUACAAGUAUAACGGGAUAUUGGGGCAUAUUAAAACGGACAGUUGCAAGGAAUAAGUUUUAUUUACAUACAUAUAUAUGUAGGUAUACAGCAGUCUACAGGUGCACUGAAAUAAAUAUUUUGUUUAGUUUUGAUUUUUAUGGAUGGUUUUGGAGUUGAGUACUCGGAUAGUAAGCCUAUUAAAGACUUGAACAUCUGUUUAAAGUACUUUGACCAAAAUAAUGCAUAAAAAAAAAACAUUUUAUUAAAUAGUUUCAGUAGUAUUUUGAGAAAAAAUUACGAAAAGUCAUCCACAAAUUUUGAAGCAUUUCUACUAAGUUUCAAGUACGAGUGACUUACCAAAAAUUUUGAGCAAAUAUUUCACAAACAUGUUGAUGAAAUCUAGAAUUGUUUGAUUCUAAUAAAAAAUAUCGAUGCAUUGUUACGACGAAAUAACCGUGUACCGCCAUUUUUUUCGUCAUAACAAUAGAUCGAAUAUGACUAAGAAAAUUUUUUAAUUUUUGUACGACAUCUUCAUAGAAUCUUGACUUGAAGUUUUAUAACCUAACGUUAGAAAGUCUCAACCCAACGUUCUAUGCAAAAAGAGUAAAAUUAACCAUUUGCUAAAAAUUGCUAUCCUCUCAAGUGAUCCUCCGCAGCUGUUUCAGCUGUGGAUCACUCGGAAGCAUAGCAAUUGAAAAGCCAAAUCUUGUCAAGAGUUAACAUUAAAAAUAAAACUAAGUACACACACAUUCACGAAUCUAACAGGUUAUCUCAAUGUAUCAGGUACCUUACCGUAGCUGUCUACAAGCUUUAUGAAAUGUGAGAGUUUUGAUAUUUACCAAAGAGAAAAUAUAUGUAAAUAGAUACGAAAAUAUAUUUUUGUAAAUUAAGUAUUUACUGUAAUACAUCUAACAAGAGCUAGUCAGUUUCUUAAAAUAAAAAAAAACUAUUAAACAUGUAUUUAAUAUAAAGGUUAGUUAAAGUUUUACAAAAGCGGAGGGUUCAGCAAAGAUCAGUUUAUACAGGUUGUAAUGAAAUGUAUACUUAUCAUAAGAAAUAUACUCCA